AGAAUUCUACUAUAUCCAAAUGGAGAAGUACGCGCGCCAGGCGGUUACUGAGGGUGUCAAGUGCGCCGAUGAGCUUCAUGUUGGCGGAGAUAGUGAGUUGUAUCGUGUUCUAAACUUACAUUACAACCGCAACAAUCACAUUGAGGUACCGCAAAACUUCCGCUUUGUGAUAGAGCAAACGCUGCGCGAAUUCUUUCGCGCCAUUCAGGGUGGCAAAGACACUGAACAAUCGUGGAAGAAGGCAAUCUAUAAAGUCAUAUCUCGCAUGGACGAUGCAGUGCCCGAAUAUUUCAAAUCUCCUAACUUUUUGGAACAAUUGGAAUAAGAGGAAAGUGAACGCAAUCGCGUUAUUCACAUGCUUCGCACAAAUUUAAAACGCAAAUCCAAAUCAAAUAAAUCUUCGAAAGUUUUAACGACAGGAAUCACUACAACAACAGCGCUUGCAACAUCAGCUGCAGCAACUGUGCAUGCAACAACCGAACCAAUGACAACGUUUGCAACAAACGCAGUUACAGUUACGCCAACUAAUGCCUCAGCAAGUGUAACCAGCAUGGCUGCAGGCACAGCAUACCAACAAAAUUUGACGACUAUAAAUUAAGUUCAACCUAUCAGUUUUGAUUUCACACCCUAAUUAUAAAUAUUUUGAUAUGGAAAUACGAAAACUACUGCGCGAAAUUUUAACAUGACGAUAAUUUAGAAACCACUAACACACUAAGUAUUAAAAUUGACGACGAAACUAAUCGAUACUAUACGAGUACGUUUAGGCUUUUAAGGAAUACGAAACAAGUAUGUUAUAUUCAUAUAACGAUGUUGGCGAAGUAACGCCUUUCCAAUUGAAACGCCAAAUAUAUGAAAGGUGUGCCCGAACCAGGUAAUAAUGAAAUUUCGAACGAACAAAUUUUGACGAAUAUAACAAAAAUAUUUCGACAAUACGAUGAAGAUAAUUUAACAAAAUGCUGCAAGCAAAUCCUAAAAGUAAACUUCGCAAAUAUUUAUUAUUUUCUUACCUCUCGAAUUCAUUCUCGCAACGCGAAUUGCGUUCACAAAAGUAAAAUAGGCAAUUUAAAAGAUUUAUAAAAGCAAACGAAAGAUCCUAAUUGUUAACGAUUGUUGGGUAUUUUGCAAAUCAUUUCGGCAUGAUGAGCAACAAGAAAUUCCAGCUUUAUUUUAUUACCAAACAUUGAAAACACAAUUCUUUAACGCUGCAUUCAAGUUCUUCACUUCGAAGAAUGGAAGUACAACUUUAGCAAUAGAAGAAUACACACGCCUCCCAAUACAUACAAACAUACGUGUGCAUACGAGUAUGCAUUACUUUCUACACUUGCAUAAACCUAUUAACAUAUACAUUUAUAGAAAAAACAAUUGCCUUAUGUGAUGUAAAUCGGGUAUUGAGGACCACUGAGAUCAUUCUUAAAUAGACACUACAAAAAUCAAAACAGAAAACGCAUACAUAUAUCCACAAUAUUUAUUUACAUCAGCUAUAACCACAACAGUGUAAACUGCAACUGCUAGGAAGGGCCAAGAUAUGAAUUCGGACCAUAACUUAUUGCGUAAUUCUGAGAUUUAAAUCAAUUUUACCAUUAAAUAUAUUGUUAUUAAGUUUUGUUUGCAAGUCAUGUUGCACAACACACACUAAUAUACAUCCAGUUCAUAAGCAUAUAUACUAUACAUAUGUACAUAUAUGAACCGACAUACACACACUAUGCCUAUGGUAGGCAACAUUGAUAAUUUAAUAGCAUAUACAUAUGUACAUACAUACCUACACUGGUAAUAAAAUAUAUAGCAGUAGGAUUUAUUAGUAUUACCAGCCAGGUCCAAUACUAUUACAUACUUAAAACUUCUUAUUUACAAAAUCCUCACGAGGAACUCGAAAAAUCGCAGGAAAUGUACCUAACCACAGUUCACUGGGAAACGCCGAGCGAAUUGAGACCAUGUUCAUUUCCAGUAGUUCAUUUCACUUACACGUACAUUUUCAUUGACUGAUCGCGCCUUCUAGCUGCUACGAAAACUGGUGCUUGCAAAGAGUAUACCCAAACACAACAAUUUAAACAUAUUAAGGGAGAAGCCUGGUUUAGAGGCUUCAAAAAAUCGAUUUUUUGAGGAUUUUUUUGGGAAGGAAAGAAAUAAGUGAUUAAAGCAAAAUUUCUAGGGUUUAUAGUUAUAUAUUUAAACAUCAUUCACAAAUUUUUUGGAUACGAAAUCUUUGAUAUUCUGCCUUUGGGAAGCAAUUGCCCGAUGCAUCUCGCAUGUGCAUUUGUCGGACGGCGGGCAGGAUGCAGGUCGCAAUUUCUAUCGGAAACAAAAAAUUCAAAGAGAUUCAUAUUUUUUAAUAAUUUAUCUUCUAGUUAAACUAAAAAAAUUCCAAAAAAAGUGUAAACUUUUAGAAAUUUUUUAAAAAUUAAAAAAAAAAUGGGUUUUGAUCACAAAAAUUUUACUUUAUGUUGUUUAAAAAUAUGUUCAAACUUGACUUUUCUUAGUUUUUUUUAGUUUAAAUAGAAGAUAAUUUAAUGCCAAAGAUAAUAAACUUUGCCUCAAUUCCAUACGACGUUUAGUUUUUUUCUAUCCUACCUGCCAAUUAAGGAAAAUCGUAAAAAUGAAUAACCGAGAAAUCGCGCGUCAAAGUUUUCGCUGUCUGCCCAAUCGCUCACAUAUCUGCUAGGCGCUCGGUCACUAUUUUCCUUCUAGCUUCGAAAAUAUUUAAAAUUCCCUUCGAAAACUUUCGGGACAUAUUUUAGAUUAUUUUUAAAAGGAUUUAAGAUCAAUUUUUUGAAGCUUCUAAAUCAGGCUCCCCCUUAAUCUCUCACUGCUUACGCAUGCUAUGUUAGUGUAUCAGUGUGUGAAAAGCAAUUUGUUGAAAACUCUUCUUCAAAUUGACGCCGACUUUUUACAAUAUUCACAAUAUUAUUGUAAAGGCCUUUCUUGUAAAAAACACUACAAUUUUCAAAUGUUACAUUAAAAGUGGUUCUAAAACACUCUCUCUAAUUAAUGUAACAGCACAUUGUUUUCUACAAGAAAGGCCUUUUAUUCGAUAUCCUUUUUGCGACUUGUGCUAUUGUUGUUUAAUUUUUAUUACAUUUUCCACCAAUACUGACACCUGGACUCACAAUUACUCUAUUUUAAUUACUAAUAAAUAAUAGGGCAUCACAUUGUACACGUUUACACUAGUCUUUUCUUUAUUUUAAUCUAGUUAAUAUGAAGCAAUUAAAUUUAAGUUGAAUGCACUUUUGAUUAUUUAAAAUAUUUAAGCUGUACAUACCUAAUUAUAGAGUUUCUUAAUUAUUAAGUUUUCAAAGAUUUGCCUUUAAUUUAGCAAGCAUUAUAUUGUAUAAACUAUUAUUUAUUCAUUUAAACCAAAUAUAUGUAACAUAAAUUGAUUUCGUGUGUGUUUUGUUAAUUUGCAUUUUAAUUUAUUCGCUUAAGACUACUUAAAACUACACUGGGUAUAAUCGGUCAAAUAAAAAUAGGACUGACUACUGGAUGGCGGUUGAGCGAUCUAAAUUAUAUUUGUAUUUAUUACCUUUUGAGUAGGUUACGUUACAUUAAAAGGUCGAUUGUAACAGGGAUCUCACUUAGAAAGCUUAGAGCGCCGGUUCCUGUGGACUCCAUGGAAUAGAGCAGAACACCUUUGGAAAUCGACAAAUCAACUAUCACAAAAUUAUCGAGACGGCUAAUGCCACUUUCGACUAUGGCUUCUGGUCCGCUGAAGGUAAGACUGGUGGUGUUUCUACCUCGGUCUUGAAUAGGGUGCAUAAUGGAGAAGAAAGUGCAGGGAUGCUCCAUCAAACCCUCCUCUAUACAACAUGCGUCCGUAUGAAUGCAUAUUGGAUUAUGUCCACUAAGACCCCAUAUUAUUUCGGCAAGAUGAACUUUGCUAAGAGCGAGUAGUUCAGUAGAUCUCCUGUGUUCUAUUUUAAGUCCUUUAAGCAACUUACGUCCAAUUAUUAAGUACCAAUAUAAGCUUUCAAUAACCCUCAGUAUAUUUUGACGUAAAAAUAAAGUAAAGGCGGUUUAAACAUCCAAAGUUUUGCCUUUGUCGCUUCUGUCGAGUUAGGACUCAAGACCUUUAAUAACCCAUCCAAAUGAAAAUAUAUAGUAGAGUUUUAAAUAUUCACAUCUACAGAAAAGCAGAGACAUCUACUAGAAAACAGUUUCGUCGGCAAGAAAAGCUUACAGGCCUAGUGUUAAGAUACCGCUGAGAGAUCAGAAAAGAAUUUCUACACCUAAAAAUAAAAAAAUAUUUUGUCAGUGUUUUACAAUACAAUAUUGAUUUUUUUCGAAAAUUUAAAAAUUGUUGAACCACUUGAAACGUUUACUUAUUUAUUUUGUAAUCAACCAUUUCUUUACAAAUUAUCUUCGUUGCUGUGUUUUUUUUUUGUAAUUUAACUAAUAUCUAUAAUCCAAUAAGUUUUUGAAUUUUUGUGUUCACAUGUUUGGGUAUUGUAAAAUCGUCGGCUCACACUAAUACACCGCUGCCAACAAGAGUUUAAAACAAAGGGCGAAAAUGAGAGCAAGAGUAUUUUUAAUUGAUAAUUGGCAUAUUUUGUGAAGGAAUGUAAAGAUCACAUAAAUAUUUUGGCACGUGGUAAGUUUCCUUGUAUGUAAAAGUACAUUUGUACAAGUAUUCAAACAUUAAAAAAAUUUAAAUUCGGAAAAUAAUUAUAUAAUUAUGUAAUAUUUUUGAUUUCUCAUUUAUUUGUAUGCUAAGUUUGAGUAAUUUAAUGAUAAAAAAUAAUAAUUUUUAGAUUGUUUUAUGCAGCUGCAGUGACAAAUUUCGAAUCUCAAUCGUUAAUUGUUAAUGCCUUUACUAAAUUUAUGACAAAAAUAAAGUGAAAUAUGUUUCUUUGGCUUAAAAUGUAAUUAUAAAGAAAAAACUACAAAUGUAACUGAUUUUGUGAUAAAAAUUCGAGGAGAACUCAUUAUUAUUUCGGAACAAACCAAUAUAGGCGCCUAACAGAGUUAUUCUGAAUUACGACUCCCAGGCGUUUAUACAAAAUUCUUUUGUAAAAAAUAGUUAAUUGAAAUUUGGAAAACACUAUGUUAAAAAAUAAUAAGAAAAACUUUUAGGAAAUUUUAAGGCAUUUUAACAAUAAACGUCAAGGAGACAAAAGAAAAGAAAAUAAAUUAUAACUCAUAUAAUGUUUGGAUGAAACUUUAGGCAAAAUUUAUAUACGAUAUUAUUUGAAAAUUUGACGAAAUAUCGAAAAUUCCUAAAUUCAAAAUUACUGCAAAUAAUAAUGCAUUAGAAUAAAAAUAUGUACUCAAGUUAAUUUAGUUCUUUAGUUAAUUUAUUUCUCGCUAAACUUUAAGUUGUUGAAUUGAUUUAAAUUUUUUUGAGAAAUAUAUGUAAACUUUAGUAUUUAGAACGAAAUCAGUAAGAACCAUAAAUUUCGUACAUAUGUAUUACUGAUAGACAAAACUAAAAAAAGUAUUUUAGUAUGCUGCAAGAGAUAAAUUCAUUAAAUAAAUCGUAACCUUAUAGCAGUACAAACGUGAGUACGCGCAUGCAUACAUACAUACAUACAAACAAAUAAUGCUACAAUAAGAACAAUAUUUGAUGAGAUUGAAGCCCAAGCGACUACGAAGACAUUUGUGAGAAACUGUGUCAGCUACAAUCAUUAGAACAUCAACAUCAACAACAACAACAAGAAACAAGCUUUCACUUACCAAAAUAAAACAUACAUACAUAGUUUACCUAAAGUUUUAAGUUACUUAACUAAAUUACGAUUAUUACAUAAGUUAAAAAUAAAAGCAAACGGCAGAAGAACUAAAUGAGAGAAAAACAAAAACAAAAACAAUACAACAAUAAAUACAAAAAUACAUAAACAACAAAAUUUGGCUAUUUUCUUUGGUUUUUCUAUUAUGUUUCGAAAUUAUUCUUCCAAGUGAACACACCAACAAAGCACACCUAUGUAAUUACAUCGAUGUAUUUGCGGCCAUUGGAUCUGGCGAGGUCUGAAAUAUAUGGCAUGACACCAACAGCGCAAUCUACAUUUGAAUUAAAAUUUUCUAAUUAUUGGCGAAUGCAAUAAUUAGUUACUUUUCACAGGUACUGUUUAAAGUAUGGACCGAUAAUUCCACAAAAUUUUUAAAUUUAGGCAUUUUUCAAAUUAUGCAUUAUUCAGUUCCUAUAUUCUCAAUUAAUAAUUAGAGUUGCCGUAAUUAUCUUUAAAAGCAAACAACUAAAAAUAUUGGCAUCGUUGGGUAUAACAUUUUUAAUAAUUCAAAAUUCUUUAAGUUUUCUAUGAAACAAUUUUGAAAAUUCAAAAAUCGUGAGCAUUAAACUUAUUGCCGAGAAGUUCUAAAAGCAGGGUUCCAUUUUGAGAAGUUCUUAGGAGAACCCAAACAAUUCUUUACGCGACAUACAUAUGUGUAGACGGCUUUUGUCAAUGCUGUACACAUAAAUAUGUAAAUAAAAUAGCCUAUAAAUAUUUAAAAUAAUUUAAAGGCAACUCACCGACUCAAAUGAGCAUCUGAACUAAAAAGUAAUUUCCUUUUUUGUGAACAAAAAAUCGUUUGGCUAAAUUUGGAAUUUCAGUUUGUAAUAUUUUGUUAAUAUCUGUUUUGUAUUCAAUGGAAAAGAAUGGCAUAAAAUAACGGUCUAAAUUAGUGUUCUUUGAAACACUUUCAUGUUUCACAUUUAUAGCGAUGCAGUUUACACUUUGAAAGAUGAUCAUCCAUAACAAUUAUACUCAAACUAAACACAAAUAUUUUAACACAAGGAGUUUAUUAAAAUACCAAACUUCAGAAAACAAAAGUUUAUUUGAAUUAAAAGUUUUCGAAAACUUAAUUCUUUGGGCAACAACAACCAAGCAUAUUUAAUCCAAAAAUGUUAACCGGAAUAUACAGUAAGCCUGCACUUAAGCAGAUAUCACUAUCAUAGCAGAAUCCGAUAUCAAAAUCUGUGAAGAAUCAUCACGAAGAAAGUUUGCCACAGAUGACAAAAACAAAUCAAAGAAUUACAAAUAAACAACCAAUGCGGUCGUCAUAACCAAAAAAACAGCAAAGCAAACACAAUAUUUACGAAACUAACAAUUAAUAGAGACGAUGUUAAAUCCAAAAACCAAAAAUGAGGAGAAACCAUUAGCUACAAACAUAGCAUUCAGUAUACAUAAUCGUACAUACACUCACAACUACAAUAUUUAAUAUAUGCAAUACAUAAUUGGAUACUUUGUACAUAAAAAAUAAUAGAAAAAAAAAUUAAAAAAAAAAAUUAAUAAUUAAAUAAAAAAAAGAUAUAAGCAACCUGAGAAGUCGGGAAUAAUAACGGUAUAAAAAGCCUAGUAUGAAAACUCUUUUAACUAGAAGCGAUGACAGAGUACUUAAACAAACAAUGCGGUACUGUAUUAGCCACAUUUUUAUAUAAAGUGAAAUCACCCCACAUCCAUCCAUACGCUCCUUAAUAUCCCAUACAAUAUCCCGCAAUGCUCCACUCAAAAUAAUUACAAUUAACCAUUUAAUGCCGUAAAUUUAGUAAUUAGUAAAUUAAAAUGAUAAGCAAAUUAUUAACUCUAAACAGGAAACAAAAACCAAAACACAAAGGAAAAUACUCCGCUGACGGUGUUAAUUGUGCAACACAAACAGUUUCAAGGUGUUUCAACCAUUUUUGGAAAACUACGAGUACAAGCAGUGCAUAUAUGGUAUAUCAUGUAAUUGAGAACUGUCAGUUUUAUGAGAGCAAACCAAAAACUAACGGUUCUCCAGUUUUGGCAAUACAAACAGUUUCGAUUACAAAAAUGCUACGCGAAUAAACACACAUAAGAGUUUAUAAAAAAUUGUUGCAUUAAAAUAAUAAGUAUACUUUUGCUUUUUAUUUUGACGUUCAACAUCCUGAGUUAGAAAAAGUCUGAUCACAUGAAGCGAUAAGUAAAAAGUAAAGUGUAAAAACAAACAAAUUCAAAACCAAAAAUAAUUAAUAAACCAACAUACAAAGAAAGAGUCUCGUUGUCAAAAAAAGUAAAAUAAAACUAAUUGCGUUUUUUUAGUAGCAAACGCGAUUCGAUUCGAAAUUGUAAAACUUUGGCAUAACCACACACACUUAUGUGCAGUAGGGAAAGCAAUCGAAAUUUAAAUGAUAAAGCGUGUGGAAUUUUUAUCACUUAUUUGGCAAGCGUACAAAAGCAAAAUAUUCUUGGAGCAAAGCAAAAAGAAACCAAGAAACAAAUUUGAAAAAGAAAUCCAUUAAACCCUCACAGAGGGUUAAUCUUCUGUUCAACACGCAAUAGAGAGACACAGUGAAUCCAGGAAUAACCCACUGUGCGCUCAACCAGAAUAAGUUUUGAAAAAAAUUUAUGUAUACAAAUCCUAUUUUUUGGCGUGCGUUGCACUGUUCCAACAUUGCGCAUCCUUUUUUCAACAUUAAUUUCAUUUAUUCAACCAACAUUUUUUAUUUCAACAGAUACAAAUUAAUAAAAAUAUAGUAAACCAUAUAUAACUAUAAAUUAUCAAAAUUGAAAAAGCGCUAGGUGCCAGUUGUCACUGGAUUUUUACUUUACUUUUCAGCUUCCACUUUACUAUUCUGGAAAGUUUGUCUACUAAGGUUUACGGUUACAAGUUAAGAGUCUUUAGAUUCUUUCUUCUAAAUUAAUUAACGAAAUAUUAUAUUUAACUGAUUAAAACCGUUUUCUAUCCAAUAGAGUUUUAUUUAUUUGAAGUAUUCUUUUAUGAAAACUAAUAAUGUACAUUCAGAGAUUUCUCUUAAAAUCCAGGAUGUCUGCACUAGCGCCAAUUAAAUUAUGGAAAAUAAUGUUUCGGCUGUAAAAAAUUCGAAAUUCAAUUGAUAUAUAUUCAUAUAACACGAAAUGAGAAAAUAAAAAGUUGCAUAAAAGCACCAAAAAAAGAGCAAAACCACGCCAAUUGAUACAAGAUUAACAAGAUUAAAAAGACAACUAGUAGUUACGACAACAACAGAAAAAUGAAAAUAAUGAAAAAGAACUGCUACACUUAAGUCGUUGAAUUUGAAGAUUAAAAGCGUAAAACCAUACUUGCAACCAUUCAACAGUUGCAAAAUAUACAAAAACAAACAAUAACAUAUAAAUAAUUUUCUGAAUUUAGUUUAAGACAACAACAAUAGCCCAGGGGAACAUUCACAACUCGAAUGUGAUAUUUUUAAUUUUCUCAACAAAAUGUUUAACAUAUUUACAAACAGAAAAACAAUGUUUAUGCAACUUAGAAACAAAGCUCCAUAUUCAUAUGUUUAAUUUAAUAUAACAACUCGAAACAAGUUGAUGACAAUACGAAGUAACCAAUUGGAACUUAAACACUGCACACCUCCACCGAACCAAAGGUUUGGUUGACGGAGACCACGUGCACUCAUAUCAAGCUCUUAAUUUCACUGUUACUCCAUCCUCAUUUCGUGUUUUGUAAUAGAUGUGGUUAAAGAUCAACAUAGAAAAAAGUGUAUUAAAUAGUAAACAUUUCCUAUACAAAAAAAAAAAUAAAAAAAAUAAAAAAAAAUUAAAGAAAUAUUAAUAGACUUAAACAAACGAACUGUGGACUUGGAUCUUGGAUCCGGGGCCAUGGGAAUACUGUGCCAUUUUAGUUGCAAUAGUGAAAAAUGUCGUACAGUGGGACUGUUUGGGGGCUUUUCCUUGGACGCCAUUGGCGGCAUUUCAAAACCGGAAUAAUUUAUAGUACAAUUUUAAAAAUACCAACAUAAAGUUUUAUAAAGCAAUUUAUAUUUUUAUACUAAACGAACAAAUAGCAUUGAAAUACAGUAAAGAAAAAUGAAGUAGAAACAUUAUACGAAUGCCCACGCAGAGGGGAAAUGAAGCUAAGAUGUGAUUAGAGAGAGUUAGCCAUGAAUAACUUAAUACAAAAUAAUAACUAAUAAAUAUCAUAAUAUAUGCAUGCAACACUAAAAAAAAAUAUUCUUAUUUUCAGAUUAACUUUUUCAGUUUUUUUAAACAACAACCAAUUUAUUCUCAUUUGAUUUAUUGCUCUUUGAAAGGGCAUAAAGAAACAUGAAAACUCUGCGACAACGAAAACUGAAUUAUGAGGAAUAUGAAAAAAGCCCAAAACUGAGCAAAAUAGAAAACAUUGGAAUGCCGAAUAAUAUCGACAAGAAGGCCUACUUCCUUCGUGAUCAGUUUUCGCGCCGUAUGCUGCAUCUAACAGCAUGAAAUACAUAAAAUAACAAUAAAAACAAAAAAUUAGCUACAAUAAGACCAAUUUCAACAUCAGCAGAAAAUAAGUGAUAAAAGCGCUGUUAAUUUAAUAUUUUUUAAAAAAUUCGAUUUUAUUUGAACAAUUUCACAAUUGAUCAAUAAUUGGCAGACAUGUGUACUACAAAUCAGUUGCGUGACAAAACUGGCAAUUUUUCGUAUCAACUCACCGUUAGUGUCUUGAGAUGGUUAAAGCAACAAACAAAUAUAAUUUUCAUUAGAAAAGUUGUCAAAAAAUUUUAAUACAACGACAACGCUGCAAACAUUUUGAACGAAUAUUUAGUUUUCCUUUCAUUUAAAUAUAAACUUAACUUACUUACAUACAUAUAUACAGAUAUAAAAGAUUCGAUUCAAUACUAUGGCAGUCUCGGGGGUAGGUAGAAUACAAUGACUUAUUGGCCAUACAGAGGGCAAUCGUAAACAGUAAAGUUGCAACAAUUUUUUGGUUUACACAAACAAAUGAAAUAGCAAUAAACUGAUGAGAAUAAUAAUACGUAAAUUAAGCAAUGCAAUAGCCCAGUGACUUAGAUAUAAUUUUUAUAAGCAAGUGCACUUUAGACUACUCAACAAAGCUGUCGAUAGUCUAGGUGCACUACAACAGGUACAAACUACAUAAACCAAAUAAAUUGGCAAUAAUAAAUUUUUUUCCACGCGAAUCUUUUGCUGUCCUUACGACUUGCCACAGCUCUUGGCCAGCAAGUCUGUAUGUACAUAUGUACAAGAAGUAUAUGAAUAUACCCCCCUUAGAAUAUACAUUAGCAGGAGCACUCAACAAAUGCUUGACGAUCGCCAUAGCCAACAAAAACAAAUACCGCAAUAGUACAAUCACAAUGUAUUUAUAGUAAAAAGAAAGUAAAAUAAUAGAAAUAUAUAAACACAACAAUAGCCCAGUGAAGUUUUCAAUACAGAAGCAUUUUCAGUUCAGUUGCUGCCACAUACACACACAACAUAGUGGGCGUUACAAAAAAUUGUCAGAGCGAGAGUAAAAUUUUAAAAUCCAAGAGUACAGGAUUUGCCAAAUAUAAUUGGUUAAAUCUUCAGAAGCAAAAGAAAAACGCAAUAGCGCAGGAAUCUGCAACAGCAAAAUGUACGACAAAAAAUUCGUGUAAAAAGAAAGUUUAAAAUCGGAAAAACAGUAGCCGAAUAUUAGAAUAAAUCGAUAAAUAUGUUUUCUAUUGACAAAUUUCUUUUUAGUUUAAUCGAUAAUAAUAAAAGAAUCAUGCCAAAAGAUUAACACAUUUCUUAAGAUGUAACUUAACAAAUUGUGUGAAAUGAAUGAUAAAAACACAUUAUCUACAUAUAUAUUAUAUACAGAGACUGCAAACAAAUGUGAUCAGAUAUUUUAAUAGUUUAUGUAUAAAAACAGAAUAAAUAAAGAAACAUACUAAACAAGAAAACAACACGAAGUGAAAUAAAUAAUAAAUAAAUUAGCAUAACACACAAUGUACACUUCUACGUACAAACAUAUAUAUUGAAAUAGAAAAUGUUCAUUCUAAACUACCAACAACAAAAUCAAAAUCUAAAGUAUUGCAACAUGUAGAUGAACAGCAAUUUAUGUGAGUACAUACAUACAUACAUAUAAACUAAGCCAAUAUUAACACAUAAGUGAGCCAAUUGCAAACGUUUUGCUUAUAUUUUACAAUAGCAUAUCAUAGAGUUGGCGCUCCUUCAUAGCCCACCCGAAGGCGCAACAACGCACGAGGAGGCUGAGCGCGAGUUUUACCAAUUCAUUUUACAAUAGCUAACGGUUGAUGGUAUGACUGAGACGAACUGCGGACGUCAGAGGCAUCGAAGUCAUACCAUUACCACAAGGGAACCAAGGUGACUGAAGCUGGCUGGGUAGCACUCUUGACACUUGUACCAUAGCGGGCGACCUAUGCCAGCAAAUCAGUCGAAGUUACAACAACCAUAUUAGUUUCAAAUAUAUUUCAGUUGUAUUAAUACAAUAACAAAUCUUUAUGUUAGAAACGUCAAUACAAUCGUUUUUCUUUAUGUUAAAACCAGAUCAAACCCGAAAACUACGUUAAUAUUGAAAUGAGUUUCAACACAUAUAGGAAGUUCAUGAAGUGCUGGGAGCUCAAUAGAGCAUUUCGCUUUUGAACCAACUACCCAACGUUUGCACACAAAGGCGUGCAUAUAAGUCAAGCUUACACUUCAAGUUUAAACUGGCUCUCAGUCUACCGUGACAGAUGUCUGAGCUUUCUCUAAUUAAAUGCCAGUACCUGGACUUUCUAUAUGCGGAGAAAGAAAGAUGAACAAACAAUCCAACAGUAAAUCAAGGAAAUUCAAAAAGAAGAAGUAAUACAGUUAUUUUUUUCUUUAUAUAUUAUGAUUUUGUAAGUAUUAUGAGUUCAAACAACAAACACAUUGGCCCUUAAGAUUUUUUUUUGAAAAGGAAGGACGUUAUAAACACAAAAUAAUCAAUUAAUUAUUUCCAACAAUAGUGCCGAAACAUUUCUACAAAGAAUAUUAUUAUGAAAUAAGCAUUUUAUAAGGUUAAUGUGUAGUUAAAGAAAUUAACAACAUAAAUGCAAUGUAAGAGUUUAAGACAAGCUAAUUAAACAAGAACUUAAUUAAAAUAAAUGAAAAAAAAAAACGAAAAACAAAAUAGAAAAACUAAACCCUAAAAAGCAAAGCUGAAAAUGCUGCAUGCAACUGAACAUUGAACAUUUUGAAACUGUUUGUUUGCGAAUUUCAGAAAAAGGAGUAAAUCUUCCAAAAAUUAUUAAUGCAAUAAGUGAAACAUUAAAUAUACAGUCAUUUAAACAUAAACAGACACCAAAUAACACAACCAUAUAUAACAAUAUUCUUACUAGGUACGUAGGUAAAGUAAGUAUGUAUACUUAAUAUAUUAUUGCUUGCCAUAUAAACAGUAGCUGAUAUUCAAAAUUUAACAAAUUGAGAGAAAUACGAAUUUUCAAGCGAAAUAACUAAAAAACUAUGCCAAUUAGUAUUACUUACAGCAAAAUAUUACCGUUAUCCAAUAUUUUAUAUAUGUUAUCUUGGCAAAGAUUAAGUCUUUAGUUUGAAACUUAAUGCAUUAAAAACUUAGUGGAAUAUUAUAUUCAACUUUAUAUAUAAAAACAAAUUAUUAUCCAACUGCUUGUGUUUCAAAAUCAGACGUAUCUGAAACUAUUUUAUUUCACUUAAAAGCUUGGACUACAAGCGAAAUUCCAAAUCAGCACAUACUCUCUCUCAAUUUGCAAUCAGUGAAAAAUAAACUCAUUCCUACAUUAACUCAUAUUUCAUAAGACAACAGAAAACAUAUAUCAAAAUAAUAGAUUCGUUUAUAAGCUAAACGCAUUGGCAAGGCAAUGUAAUACAUAAAAAUAUAACCAACCGACAGGACAAAAAUACAGCGAUGGUUGCCCAAAGAGAAGCGAACAGCAAACAGUGAACCACAAUGACAUUGGAUUAAGUUCAGCACACCCAAUUACUCAAAAAUAUCAAAAAACACAUACAAAACAACAACAGAAAACAGAAAUAAAUACUUACUAAAUCCGAUAUGAUUCCUUCCUUCAAUAAAAUCGUAUAUAUUCAAUAAAAAAUCAUAUAUACAGUAUUAAAGGCAUCAGUGAAAUCAUGAAAUCAUUACAAGACCAUGUAGCGAAAAAUAAUCGUCACGCUACGAAUACACCACAUACUACAUAUAUAGAACUUAUAUUUUGAACAACAGUUAUUAUUUGGCUUUUAUAAAGAAACAUAUACACACAUUUUAUGCGAAAAAAUUGUUAAAUCAAAUCGUUUCUCAAUCAAAAGAAUUAUCAUGCUGGCGUCAGGUCGUCAUUUCAAAGUAAGAUUAAAGGCAUGUAAAAUCAUCGCGAAGUACACACGACAUGUGUAGUUAAUGAAAAUAAUACAGUAGUGUCGCUAUUUAGCAAUCGCACACAAAAUAUCAUAGUUUAUGGACUUCAAAUAUGGAUGUCGUUCUGUGUAUGUAUCAGAAUUCAAAGCAAACACUUACUUGUUGUAUAACUCCUGAUAAGAGAUUUCUCUAGCAUUUUUACAUUAAUACACAUACAACGAUUGAGGUAAAUAAUAUUUUUAUUUGGAAAAUCGAAGUAUUUAUUAAAAUACCACACAAAUCAUAAAGAAAUAACCUAGAAUGCACGAAAUUACAUAUUUUGGCUAAAUGAAGUUAAAACACCAAGCAAUUCCAGUUUGACUGAACUGAAAAUUUAGUACUACAUACAUACAUUACCUCUUAAUCUUCCGUAAUUUUUUGACUCCUAACUGACUAAUACAUAUAUGAUAUGCAUAUAUGAAUAUGUUUUAAAUGUUUGCUAAGCAAUAUAAUGGAAUUAAUCAGUUCAUUAGACCGUAUGUCAUUCCAUUUUGAAUUAUGUGUACACUUCCUAUGAAAAACUUGCAGAGAACAAGUACAUUGGUAUGUAUGUCUAUUAUUUUCAAAGGUUCUUUUUGGUUCUAGUCAAUCUGGAAUUGUGUGUAUUGAGUAUGUAAAUGUUUAAAUUUUUACGACUUAUCUAAGUAUGUUUUUAGACAUUAAUUUAUUUUUCUGUUUUUGUCAGUUUUUUUAUAAUUCCCUCAUGAAUUUCGUAUAAAUAUUAACACGAUUUAGAAGGCAUUGUACAUAUAUGUAUGUAUACAAUGUAUAAGUUUUGAUAAUAAAAAUUUCGGCUUGAAAUAAAGAUUUUGGCAUAAAUUCGUUAUAUUAGAUAGUUCAAGGAAAGAAGGAGAAAGUAAUGAUAAAAUAAGUAAUAUUAAAAUAAACUUCCGUGGACUAAAACUAAAAUAUAAUAAAAAUAAAUAAGCAGAAGUGGCUUCUGAACAAAUACGUAAGAAAGAUGAACCAACUUUUGAUAACAAAAAAGCAAUCCUGGACAUAACUUUGGCAAAUCUUUGUGAAAAAUGCGAACAUUUAGAAGUGAUGAAAACUCCCGGACUUAGCGAUAAAUAACAAAAACAUGGAACAAAAAAUGAGACAAAUCUGAAAUGAUUGAGAAAAUGUAAGAGAUUACGUGAAAUCUACCAGACCCCUGAUGUUCUUAACGGAUGUAGAGAGCGCGACAUCUAUUGCUUAAGGGAGACGUUGGAGGGUGUAUACACAAAAAAAAAAGAAACUAAAUGUAGUUGAACUAAUUUAAAUGAAUUAUAACCUAAAUUAACUUUAAUUGAUAUGUUUAGGUGUAAGAUGUAAAACUAGUAAGAAACACGAGAACUUUCGGUAAUGUUCCUAUAUAUUAUACGAGUAUAGAGAGUAUACAAUAAAAGGAAAUUGACAAUUUAGACGUACUUUUAGGCACUUUAGGUACAUUUUCGGACUUGAAUGUUGAAAAAAAUAAACAAAAACAAAAUAAAAUAAUACGAAAAAGGAAAAUAGAAAUUUACAAAAUUUUGAAGGAACAAAAACAAGCAAAAGCUAUUUGAUACAAAAAAUAUAAAUUUGUAUUACAUCCUCUGGCGUACAGCUCCGACAUCUAAGAAUCUUCAGCUAAACAUGUCAACGGAACAUAUAUACAUAUGUUUGAUAUUGGAAAUCCAGCUAGUACUCGUUAAACAAAAAUCACAGAAAAUUUGUGAAAAUUUGCAAAAGUAAACAUUGAAAUAUUCAAUAUUAUAAUUUACAGGCAGAAUUUUUCAUAUUUUUUGAUUGACCACCAGCUUCAGUUCUGUUCGAAUCCCGUUGAUCGUAACAAAUCAAACGCAAAUACAGAUAUUUACUAAAAACUUUCACUUUACUUGACAUUACGGCGACAUUAAAAAUUAUUAAAUGUACUUUUAACAUGACAAACUUAGCGGAAGAGCGUAUAAUUGGAACUCGAUUUACUUAAUGUAGGAUCAAAAAUGGAUAUUACAACAAAUUCUGGAACUUAAAUUCAGGAAACCUCUCGGCCACCUUUGGAUAAUUCUCUCUCGGUGUAAGUCAAGGACAAAAAUAUUCAAAAACUAUAUUCAAAAAUUAUAACAAAAAAGCUAAAAUUAAAAUGAAAAGCAAAACCAAAAACCAAACUCAAAAAUUACUUAAAAAAUUACCAAAUUUUGGAAGUCAAAAUUUCGUAGAAACAAAAUUUGUGGAAAGCGCUGGAAAAAUUGAGAUGCAUUUUAUGGGCAAAUAUGAGAAACUAUGGAAAAAAUUUAAUAUAUCACGAAAAAAGUACAAGCUUAUUUUAAGCACCUUCGCGCCUUAUCUUUAAGAAACAAAAAUAAACGACAUAAACACUAAAAUUAAAAUAAAAACGAAAAAACCCAAAAUAAAUUAAAAGAAUAACAAAAGUGUAAAUUAUUGUGAACAAUCUAAAAAAAACAUUUUUUGAAUCCCAAAACGAACAAACGUGGUUACAAGAAAUGAAAAUUAUUUCAAUUUAUUUACGGCACUCUGGUGAAAUAAAAUUAAAGUUUCGAUGUUUGAAAAAAUUUUUUGUUUGCGUUUUUAUAUCGAUUCGCAUUGACCAACGUGUUUAUAUGAAACACUUAAGAAUUCUCCCAAGUCUGUACCCUAAUUUUUCUCAUCCAACUAGAUUACUUCCAUUUCUGCGAACAAAUAUACCAUCUAAAUUAUCAAAACAGAACAUCUGCCUUAAAUUAUAUUUUCCAUAAUUGGAAUCAAAACAACAAAACAAUAUACAUAACUCAACAAAUAAAAAUAGCAGUCUGAAAUCAACAACAAUAAGAGCAUAACCGGAAGCAAACCAAAUCACUAGCAAUCGCAACGAUUCCAAACUAAAAUCACAAUUCAAGUGAUCGACAAAAUUCAAACCAAUUAAUAUCAACAAUAAGCCAAAAUUAGCGAAAUCUCAACAAAAUUCAAAAGUUACCGUAAUCGCAAAAUUAUCGAAAAUAAAUAUAAUAGAAAUGAUGGAAAUAAAUCAAAAAAAGCAAACCAAGCAAUAAAUAAAUGACAACUUUUACCGGCGACUGAACCUUUCCGCUCGAUAUUGAAAAGCAAGCCAAUCGGGUGAACUUGCUAGCCAAGAUGAUAAAGUAAACCAAUAUUUCAUAGAAGACGUAUCGAAGAACAGGCAAUAAUGUCGCCGGUUAGCCGACGAAAGAUGUUUUCUUUAUUUACAAAAUUCAAAAUCAUAAUCAAAAUCGGUGAAGAAAAAUUCCACUACUAAAGCAGAUUUCAAAAAUGAAAAUAUUGCACAGUGCAUUUUAACCAAUAUGCUUACAUUUAUAAGUAUAUUACAUAGUUUGAUUUCCUCUAAGUUACAACGUUUUGAUAUUCAUUUGUUCAUUAUCCUCCUAACUUUUAAUUUUGAUCACAGAUUUUUCAACGACAUCUACAUAACAAUUGCAAAAAUUAAGAGGUGUAUUCUAUGUUAUUACCAUAUAAGUAAACGUUGAAACAAAAGAGAAACUGAUAAAUUUAGAAGAGAAAUAAAAUUUAUAUAAACAUUGCUCAACGAUUCAAAAAGACAAACAAAAUUCUAAUAAUAUAAAACACUGCGAAAAAAGAUUAAUUAAGAAAAACAUAACAAAAAUCAACAAAAAAAAAUUAUAAAUAUCUUGAAACGAUUUUGUUCAAUUGUAAUUAAAUAAAAAUCCUAUAUGUUGUGACAUCGUCUUGAAUGAUCUUUAGUUGACGCAUUCUUCAUUCAUUAGGAUGAGUGAGAGGAGGUGAACGAAAGCUAAACAAAAACAAUGAAAGUAAAAUAUUAGAGGGAUGUGUGCAUAUUAUGUUAGGAUAAAACAGAUAAGAAAAUACAAUUAAGGAAAAUUCAAUUUUAAGCCCGAAUUACUUGAACUUACUUUUUAAUUGUAUGUAAACACAGAAAUGUAGCAUUUAUGAUUAUUGUAUAACUGGAUAGGCAUAAAAUUAUACGCCUCUCUUUUUGGAUGAAUCGAAGAAGCUCAAUAAUAAUGCAAAUGUGCACAAUACGAUAUAAAAGCAAAACUUAUAAAGAUUACAUAAAACACAUCCAUAAAUCAAUAAAGACAAAACUAGUUUUAAUAUUAAUAUUAUUGGCUUUAUGAAAAAUAUACAUGCAUACAAUUGUGCACACUAAAGCUAAACAGUCAAAAACAACAACAAUGACUUUAUAACCUAUAACUGUGUAUAACAAACCUACAUUUAACGUACAGAUUUAUGCAUAUACACCAAACUACAUACACAUAUAAAUACAUACAUACAUACAAACAUACUUACAUACUAUAAAUGCGUGUCACUCACAUCUAUGUACACAUACACACAUAAAUACGUAUGUAUAUUGUGUGUUAUCAAGUAAGUAAAAGUAUAUAUGUAAUCUUGUAACACGUUUCAUAAGCAUACAUUCAUACGAGAUUACAAUUUAAACAUACAUACAUACAUACAUAUAUGCAUUUACAUAUGUAAAUUUGUUCAUACAUAAAUACAUACAUCUAUAAUUAUGUCUAAUUUAAACAUAACGAAAUGUGUACUAUAUUAACCAAGUUCGAACAUUCUCCUGCUUUCCGAAACACAUCAGCUCUUCCCGUUGCUUACCGGCAUGAUACUUAAUGUACAUACAUACAUACCUGUAUGUAUUGUAGCAUAAAACCGCUUAAAGCAAUACCAAACAAUGCAAAAUUCCACUUAUUAAUUAAACUAUAUACAUAUGUAUAUGUUGUAUAUAAACUAUAGUAUGACGUACAUACUUACAUAGUGAGGUUUCAUGCUCUCAUUCACAGUUUACAAAAGUAAUUUACAAAUGAUUUUAUAACCGGAUUUCCGUUUUUUAACGUCUUUAGCGCGGAUGUUUCUUGAGUUAUAUUAUUUACAGCACUACCAAAUGGGAGUUAGAAGUGUGGCUCCUAUUUACAAGUAUAAUAAGUUUAUUUAAUUUUACAACUUCAUAUUAACUCCAGAUGAGUUCUUUCAUUGGCGUCAGUUAACUGCCAACGCUGAUUCUGACCAAAAGUCUCCACAAGGAAACAUUUUCUGAUUACUGAAAUGAUACUCCUUGAAGAACUCCAUCGAAAAAACAAAUAAUAGUACAUUUAGCGCCCUAAUUCGAAGAAUUGAACGAUUCUCAAGGCAACCAAAUAACAAUAACUGGAUCUACAUUGAUAUAAACAACGUUAAGAGGCAAUAGCAUUGAUAUGGAAGGCGACACAAACCAAUUAAAACUAACCGGCAUCCGAUUUUUUGUUCAAAAUGCAAUUUUCGAAGUAGGCGGACAAUUUUAGAAUAAUAAGAAAAGUUUCGACAAUACCUUUGGCAAAUUCAUUUGGAAUCACUUUGGAAUUUUCAUGAUUACUUUAAGCAAAUAUUGAACAACCACAACAACCACAAAAGCAUCCAACUUUACCAUGAGCAGCCAAAAUGAAACAUAAACAAAUCGCACAUGGGCCAAAUCGUCCGAUCAAAAGUGCCUUCAAAACAAAUACUUAAAAAACGUUGAUUUUUUAAUAAAAAUAACAAACAAAAAAACAGAAAAAUUUUAGAAAAAUUAAAAAAUUAAAUUAAAAACUAAAAACGAACUGAAUCGUAGAAAACGAAUGAAUGAUUAACUAAAACGGGCCCAAAAUAGACCAAAACAAAAAUCAAAAUCUUCAAUUGUCGGAAUUAGAGCGCUUUUUGUGUAUACUUUGUUAACAACGAACGACUUACUUUAUUUUAAAUACUUCAAAAGUUUAAAAACGAAGUAAUGUAAACGAAGAUGAGUGUAUGGAACUCACACAUUGAGGAUUUCACGCAAAGCGGCUUAAUUUAGACCCAAUCCUAAUUUUUAGUUACUCUACCAUUAUGUGGCAGCAAUCUCUACUAAAAAAAAACUAAACAAAACUAUAUUUAAAAAGAUAAGCAAAAAGUAAAAAAAAAAAUAUAUAUGUUCUGAUAAUAUACUCAAAUAGAGUAUACAUAAAUUAAUUAAAAAAAUUAAAAAUUAAGUAAACUCCCUAGGCAUAAGAAUAUGAGAACCCUUUAGGACUAAAUUAAUCAUGGGUAAGAUUUAUGUAUGGACGAGUACAAGCGGGCGUUAAAUAAAUCAAAACUUGAGAUCAAAGGACGUGGUGAGAUAUAUUGAGGCUUUCAGUUGGGUCGAAAAUAAACAUAUUUAAACAAAAAAUACUCACACAAAGGGAUGUUAACUAAAUUGAACGAAGGAGCUAGGAUACCCUUUCAAUGCAGAGUGUGCUAGCAAGCGCAUUUUGGAUUGACGUCAAAAAACUAAUUAACAAUUUUAAUUAUAAGCAAUUAGAAAAAAAAACAUUAAGAAAUCUUAAGCAUACCAGGCCCCGUCAAGAAUGACUAAUAAGGAUAAUUUUAUAAUACUUUGCGAAAAAAUUUGCUCCAAAAAGUUAACAUAAGGCAGAGUCUGAUGUGUUUCGUGAAAUUAGCGGCUGCGAAAAUUCCAUGAUCAUUAAAACGUUUCAAAUGUAAAUCUUCAACAGAAUUGAUGGUAAGACACGGUUAAUCUUCUAUUAGUAUUUUGUUAAAAACGACAUUAAUGCUAUUUUUAGGAUUUUGUACACACUUCAAAUUUUUACAUAACAUUGAUUAUAUAAUUGGUUGGAAAAUACUCGUAAUUUUCCAACAUACUAAUUGUGCAUUUUUAUCAACACAUUCUUCAAAGCAGCUUUUGAAGCAGUAAUGGGGUUUUAGGUUCGAAUUGCUCAUAUGUGUACCAUUAUUAAUUGAGAACUUUAUGUUUGAGCUCUUACAACAACAAGGAGGCAAUUAGUGAAUAAAAAAGUUAUUUAGUUAAACUGCAAUAGACCGGAAUUAUUUCCAUGAGAUAGUACAAACAAUUUAGGAUUAACGUUUAUAUAUAUACAUAUAUAAAUCGCUUUAUACGUUAAUGAAAUAAACGAAACACUAAGAGCUAUAAGCCAAAUAAAAAAAAAUAAAUGAAAUACACAGAAGAGUUGUUCCAGCAGAAAUUCACUCCGCGCAGUUCAUUUUCGCACGAACAACGCAUUGGACCAGGAUAUUUUCUUAUGAAGCUAUUCACAGUUGGAGUCAAAUAUGUGAAAGGCUUUAAAAAUUAUAUUUGUCAUUGAGUUCAAAUUGUUGAAUAUUGUUUACCAAGCUCAUGUGUAACCAGAAUUUAACCGAACUAAUUUACAUUAUAAUGAGAUUUAAUGAAAAUUUUACAUCAAUUUUAGUUUAAUAUUUCCAUACUGAAAUUGAACUUCAAAAUACAAAUUUUUUAGUAAGAAAAUGAAUUCUUGGUUGCCAUGGAACUAGUUUAGUUGUAGUUCGGAGGCGCGUUCUUUGCAUCUUCAUUGAAUUGUAAAUGUUCAUUGUGGACACGAAAACACACACAAGCACAACACAUUUGUACACAUAGAUUAAGCGAAAACUUGGUCGCUUCAAAGUUUGUAAGUAAGCAAAAUUGAAUAUUUGGAAUAUGUAGAAAAACAUGUAAAGAAAUUAUACAUACAUGCAUAAGUUGUAUUUACCCAAGGAAAGUGACAACUUUAGAUUCAAACAAUAAAGUAAAAGUAAAAUAACAAAAACAAACACAAAAACAAAAAACAGAACCCCUAAAACGGCGAAAAAUAA